GCUUAUAUAUUUAAAAAUAUCAAUAAUUCAUAAGAUACAAUGUCAUUUCUUAAUUAUGUAUCUAGAGAUAGAGUAUUUUCGAAUGCAGACUAAAUACUUAUCAUAAUUAAUUGACUAUUGAUGAGAAUGUUAUGGAACCUUGAAAAGGCGCAAAUUCAAGUCAAAACCUUUGCAAUGACACUAAAUUUCACUUAAAAAAAACCGAUUUUAUAAUAAUAAUAAUAAUAAUAAUAAUAAUAAUAAUAAUAAUUUGUAAUAGGAAUUAGAAGGACAAAAAAAAACUUUGAUUAAUCGAGUAAAAGACCUAGAAAAUAAAUUAUCAAUUGCCAAAAAUGAAAACCAAAAAGAAAAAAUAACAGAGAAUGUAGAGUACAUUAGAGUGUGGCGCCAAAUGAAACUUCAGCAGGAAAAAUUGACAGAGUUUGAAUCCAAAAAUAAGUCAUUGCUCGAGGAAAUAGCAGAUCUCAAGAGCUGCCUGUGUGAAGCUAAAAAGAGUUGCAGUCCAACUGCGAAGCUUGUGGAGAAGAAAUUGAUGGGUGAGUUAGAAGAGCAGAUUGCGCGCUCCCAAAGUUACCAGGCAGCCUUGCGGGAAAAAGAUGAGCAAGUUCGCGACUUGACCAGCGAGAUAAAAAUUCUACAGCAGCACAACAGCGAGUUGAUUGGGAUCAGUACUAAAUACAGCCAAGUUGAAAUCGAGAAUAUGGAGCUGAAGAAGCAGCUGGGGGAUAUGAUGACGGAUAACCACAAUCUCAAGUGUGCUUGUAAUCAAGAACAGGCUAAUGUUAAGGCGCUCCAGGCUGCUAAUGCUCAGUUGAUCGAUAAGUUACAGGAGUUGCAACGCAAUAAUGAUUUAAUGUCUAUACAAUUAAAGUCACCAAAAAGUCAAAAAGAGAAGGCAGACAAAACGAAUUACGAGAGCCAAUCGCCUAGAGAUAGCCCUAAAAAAUCAAAUUAUUGCCAAGAAUGUAAUAGCAAAAAAAUUAGGAAAGAUUUUGGUGGAAAUAAAAGUGAUAAGCCAGGUAAUUUAUCGCCAGAAGCGAUGCUUAAGUUACUUGACGAUGCUCAAAUAAACACCCCGCUAGAUGCGCAAAAUGUGGCCAAAAUAAGAUUGCUAGAAGGACUAAGCCCCAACCACUGCGGCGACACGAGUAAUCGACAGAGGCAAAUUCAACUUUACCCAGCUAAGAGCAGUGAAUAAUUUUUUUAUGAAGUACAACAGCGCGUCUCAGCCGUCGUUAUUUUUGAGUUGCGAUUUUUGUCACGAAGAAUCAAUUUCCACGUCGACAAUCAAGUACCCUCAAUUAAACUUUAACUCGUCUUACGUGUACCGAGUGUCAAACUUGACAAAAUUUUUUAAUUGUCUUCUAAACGACUACAUUUACUUCCAACUGUACUCUUUCUACCGAAACGUACAGCCACACGUAAUAGCCCAAGGAAAAAUGAAUGUAAGAAAUAUUUUAGACCACCCACAGAAGAAGCUCAAUUAUUUUGUCAGCAUGGAUUGUUCUCCCUGUUAUCACUGCGAGAAUUUU